AUGGAGCCUUCUCCAAGACAUGAUCCGGUCGUAGCGAGACAAGACCAUGCAAGUCGGAGCGGGCAGGGUGGUACUUUGCAUAUCUCCUCGUACCUCACUCCGGCCGGAACGCUCGCUGGGAAGGCUCGGAACCUGGGCCGGCAUGAUGGGGAGGUGGCAUCCGCGUGGAAAAGCGGGACCUUUGGCGUCUGGGCGAUCAAACAGGCAUGUUUUGUCAUGAUGCAUGCGGUGGGCCGCGGAAAAUGGGCGAUGAGGUAUGUAGUGGUUUCGGGCAGUAGUUUCGCCACGACAAGGAAGGGGAAGGGAGGAAAGUUGGAGGACACAGGAGAGAGGGACUUGGAGGUCGUGUUUGUGUGA